ACACGGCACCACUACGUCAUUUUCGCGCGACGCAGUGGGUGCACGUUCAUGUCCUGGGUUCCUGCUGUAAAUAGAACAGAUCUGAUAUCGCUGGAUGAAAAGAGCAGCGUGAUCAUGAAGACUUUGCACACGAUGGUGCUCGAGGCUGCUGCCAAUCACGGCGCUAAAACUGCUGCCGUUUUCGACACCGGCGCGGCGCCUGCCACCCGUCUGACCUAUGAUGAGCUUCUGGCUUUAGGAACCGAGCUCUGCAAACACCUGCAGGAAGCAGUAGGACAGAAAGAACAGGCUAUCGGUGUGUUCUGCGAUGUGAGCAUCCUCCUUCCGGUCUGGAUCUUUGGUGUCCUGCAGGUGCCUUCUGCAUAUGUUCCUCUGGAUCCAGUCUCACCGCCUGGGCUUACCAUGAGAAUAAUGGACAGAUGUCAUUUGAAGUUCUGCUUGAUACAGAGCAAUUUGCUGCAGCAAUUCCAAAGUGCCUUCUCUGAUUUUCUGUCAUUUGAAGUGUCUGCAGUCUUGUCAGCCCAUGAGCUUACUUUAGUAAAGCUUGACAAAAAUACCAGGAUGUCGUCUGAAGCAAGUGCAGGACAGCCGUCGGAAGAUAACCGGACAUUAAAUUCAGAGCAAGAGGAAAAGCUGAAUCCCGGUGCUGACGAUCUCGGAAAGGAACACCGGGCAGCAGAGUUGGCGUACGUUCUGCACACAUCUGGAACGACAGGGAUUCCUAAAAUAGUUAAAGUUCCACACAAGUGCAUUGUGCCUAAUAUAUUACAUCUCAGCUCUUUAUUUCAGAUGACACCAGACGAUGUCGUGUUUCUCGCAUCACCUUUAACCUUUGACCCCUCAGUGGUGGAGAUGUUUCUGGCCCUGUCUUCUGGAGCUUGUCUACUGAUGGUUCCCACCGCUGUCAGAAGGAUGCCCGCUAGACUAGCCAAUGUGUUGUUUAGAAGAAACUCCACCACUAUUUUACAGGCCACCCCGACUCUGCUGAGGCGCUUUGGGGAACGUGUCCUACAGGAGGAGGUACUCAGUGCAGGCUCCUUAUUGCGAGUGUUGGCUUUGGGAGGAGAAGUGUGUCCAUCGCUAUUUGUACUCAAUAGCUGGAAGCAAGCGGGUAACAAGACAGAAAUUUAUAAUCUCUACGGUACCACGGAGGUUUCUUGCUGGGCGUGUUACUACAAAAUCCCAGACGAUCUCCUCUCCUCUGAGCAUAUGGAGCGAGGGUCUGUGCCUCUGGGGGAAUCGCUCAUGGACACUACUGUGGAAGUGAGAGAUGAGAAUGGACAACUGGUCACUGAAGGAGAGGGACAGGUCUUCAUAGGUGGUCAGGAGAGGGUAUGCUUGCUAGAUGAUGAGACAGUGACGACUACCGGCAAAAGAGUGAUGCGUGCUACAGGAGACUGGGUGCAGGUGCAGAACUCGCACCUCUAUUACUUGGGUAGGAAGGACCGCCUGGUCAAACGGCAUGGUCAAGUCCUACACCUGGAUGCCUUACAACAGGCCAUGGAAAGUUUGCCUCAGGUAGAAGCUGGUGUGGUGGGUCUGCAUGAGAGCAAUCGAUUGCUUGCUUUUGUGGUGCCCACAGUUGGCACCAGACCCACAUCUUCAGAACACAAUGGCAACCAAGAACAACACGUUCCACUCAGCUCCUCUAAAGACUCCGAGGACUUGUGUGUUUCCUCCAGAGCUCUGGAGAGAGAAGUGCUUCAAGGACUGUCUCAGCUUGUGCCCAGUCAUAGCAUUCCAGAUACUGUAUUACUGAUUCCUGCCCUGCCACUCACUAAUCAUGGGAAAGUGGCCAUGGAGAAGUUAAUGAGGAUGUAUGAGGGACACAAAGAGGGUAGUGGAAAGUACACUAUCUUGGGAGACACAGACAUCCUGAGAGAAAGACUACAGGCAGCAUGGAAGCAAUGUCUAGGUCUUUGUGACGACAGAUACAUUGGAGACGAUGCACACUUCAUGUUAAGUGGUGGGGAUUCUCUGCAGGCACUUCGACUUUUUGAUUACAUCACUGCUACUAUAGAAACAGCGUCCUCUGGUCUUCUGGAGGUCAUCCUCGAUGGCUCAUUUUCUGACCUACUGAAACACAUCACAGCAACCUCCGAGAAUCCUUUAAAGACAUCAGGCAAGAGACAACCUCAAGAUUCUGCAUACGAUGCUAUUUCUAAGAGGUCCCGCACAGACGUGGACCCUGAAUCUGAAUUUGACCCUGAUAGGAUUUUGCCACCUGAGAGGAGCAGUGUGAGAUUUGUGGUAGUGCGUAAAGCUGGAAAUGUUGUAUUUUGGGAUUAUUUUCCAAACCGAGGGCAAAACCUUGCAGAUCCGAAAGGAGCCAGCGACAAAAAGGACAAGAUGCAAGAGAGCUAUCCGAGUGCAGAACUUGUCUCAUUAUUUAUAAACAAAGAAGCCAUAAACAGUUCCAUCACUGACAUUAACAGAGAUAUUCCAUUUGGAGAUGGUCAAAGUCUGAAGUGUAAUGCAGGAAGUGGUGAUACUUCACAAGAAAACCACCAACCCCUAUGCCUGCAGGUCUGCUGGAGUUCGGACACGGGUAGAUGUGUGGAUGCUUCACCGGUGCUGUUGGUUGGUCUUGAGCGAGACAUGGUGUUUAUUGGCUCUCACUCGCACAGACUGCAGGCUCUGGACCUGAGAAACGGAGAGGUGGUGUGGGAGCGUGUACUAGGGGACCGACUGGAAUCUUCUGCUGCUGUUACUCAAUGUGGUACACUGGUGGCACUAGGGUGUUAUGAUAGGCAGGUGUAUUUUCUAAGCGUGGACUCUGGGGAGACAUGCUGGGUGUUUAAGACGGAAGAUUCAGUGAAGAGUUCUCCUGUUGUUGACCCUCACACUGGCCUGGUUAUCGUUGGUUCCCACGAUGGACAUGUCUACGCAUUAGAACCCCUGGUAAAGCGAUGCGUGUGGAAAUACUAUUGUGGAGGUGGUGCAGUGUUUUCUUCCCCCUGUGUCCACUCCUCUCCCAGGCGCCUAUACACAGCCACACUAAGAGGGCAGCUACAUUGUCUCAACCCGGACAGUGGUGAACUCUUGUGGACAUAUUCCACUGAUGUUCCAUUUUUCUCCUCUCCUUCCUGUUCGGACUCCUGUGUCUGCAUCGGUUCAGUGAAUGGACACAUCACUGCAUUAACCCAUGAUGGAAAUGUGUUAUGGAAUUUUCUCACCAGUGGACCCGUCUUCUCGUCACCAUGCCUGGCCUCACUGCCACCUUCAACCAAUCAGAGAACAGAAUCUGUAGCAUCUGAGUGUUGCACUGUUGCUUGUCAAGCUGUAUUUUGUGGGUCCCAUGACAGCACCGUAUACUGCAUCAAUUCCGCUAAUGGAGCUUUACUGUGGCGCUUUCAAACCACAGGCAAAGUGUAUUCCAGUCCAUUUGUUUUUGAUGGUGCUCCCUGGGGCAUAAAAACCCUGGUGGCCAUAGCUUCAACUGAUGGAACACUGUGGAUAUUAGAUGGGGAACGGGGAACUCUGGAAACCUCAUUCUUCUUACCCGGAGAGCUGUUUUCCUCUCCUGUCGUGUGGGGCCGCACUGUAGUCGUGGGAUGUCGGAACAACUACGUGUACUGCAUGGAACUCACUGGCAGGAAGGAAUAUCUAAAGCAUCUUUAAGUACAGUGUAUUCAAUGUUUUUACUUGGUGUAAAUAUGUAUAUAAUGCGUAAAAUAGUCAAAAAUUAUAGUAACACGUUAUCCUUAUGUCCUGUAUUAAGUUCAGUGGAUGUUUUUAAAUAAUAAUAUAUUGUGAAAUUUUUUCCUGUAGCAGGAAACGUACAACUUUCUGUUUUCAAUUGUUUUAUCACGAGAACUUUUGUAGAUGGUGAAAAUAAAAAGAGUGCGCCAUUACCAACAAA